GUGCAUGCAACCUUUGCACAACCACCGCCUCCGUGUGCCACCACCAUGGAUGGCGAAGCCGGCCAGGGUUCAGAGACGAGUGUGUAUGCAGCGCUGGCGGAGCGGUGCCGGAGUCUGGAGGCGAGCCUGGCGAGCCUCCAGCAACAGUUCGAUGUGCUGUUGCGAGAACAGAGUAGUACGAGCUGUCAGGACUCCGGACAAGAGGUGGCGUCGGAUUCCGGUGACUUGACGUCAUAUCCCGGCUGGGGUUACGUCCCCGGAGCAUUCUUUCACGGGAGUCCGUACAAGAACGUAUUAGAAUACAUGGGGAAUGCAGUUCACGUUAGCAGACCUGCUACUGAUGAGAUCAUCUACUGGAACAGAUCUGCUGAAAAACUGUACGGAUAUAAAGAUGAUGAAGCAAUUGGAAAGAGUGGCACAGAACUGCUUAUUGACAGAGAGCAUCAGGAAUGGGUUGCAUCCAUAUCGAGGUCAGGGAAGCCAUGGUCGGGGCAAAUACCCUGCAAGAAAAGGUCUGGUCAGAGCUUCAUGGCAAUGGUGACCAAGAAUCCAUUGUAUGAGGAUGAAGAGCUUGUAGGUGUCAUCACUGUUUCAAGUGAUGCAGCUUUAUUCAAUAGCAUAAGAUUGAGAAAUAAUCUUAGAUCAUAUGAUAAUGGCCAAGCUGGGAUAAUAAGGACAAUAUAUCCAAAAAGGUUCCAAUGGCGUCCAUGCCCCUUUAUUGCACCUUCUGUAUCCAAUCUGGCCACCAAAGUUUUUUCAAUGAAACAUGGAGAUGAAGCAUGCAGCAAUGAACCUGCAGCAAAGGUUUUGUCAAAGCUGAAUAUUGCAGGAAUGGUAAAACUGGGGAAGAACAAGUUUGGAAAGAAUAAUCAGCCAAAUGGUUGCAGUUCAGCAUCCAUUGAAGUAGAUGAGAUAUGUUCUCCAGAGACUUCACAGGCUGUUAAUAAUGGAAAUACACAGGGAGAAACUGAGCCAGAGCCAAAUAGGAUUAUUGCAAAAUAUGAAAUUAAUUGGGAAGAUAUAAGAUUGAAGGAGGAAAUUGGGCAAGGUUCAUUCGCCAAUGUGUAUCGUGGAAUCUGGAAUGGAUCAGAUGUUGCUGUUAAGGUUUAUUUUGGAAACGAAUACAGCGAGAGGACCUUGCUUGACUACAAGAAAGAGAUUGACAUAAUGAAAAGACUUAGACAUCCAAAUGUACUGCUGUUUAUGGGGGCGGUUUCUUCACAAGAGAAACUAGCCCUUAUAACUGAAUACUUGCCCAGGGGAAGUCUGUUUAAAACGCUUCACAAGAGCAGCCAACAAUUGGAUACUAGACGGCGUUUAAGGAUGGCCCUGGACGUGGCUAGAGGUAUGAAUUAUUUGCACUGUAGGAAUCCGCCCAUAGUACAUAGAGACCUGAAAUCUUCGAAUUUACUGGUUGAUAAGAGCUGGACAGUGAAGGUUGGGGAUUUUGGGCUUUCAAGACUGAAAUAUGCAACACUUCUAACAGCCAAAUCUGGGGGAGGAACUCCCCAGUGGAUGGCUCCUGAAGUCCUUCGCAAUGAACCUUCAACUGAAAAGUCGGAUGUGUUCAGUUUUGGUGUGAUUUUGUGGGAAUUGAUGACAGAAUUGAUACCUUGGAGCGACCUCAAUUCCUUACAGGUGGUGGGAGUUGUUGGGUUCAUGGACCGCAGACUGGAGCUUCCAGAAAACAUUGAUCCUAGGGUGUCUUCCAUCAUUCUCGAUUGCUGGCAAAGCAACCCAGAAGAUCGGCCUUCGUUUCACAACAUCAUUCUGAGGGUGGUGGAUGCGAUUCAGCAGGCAUGUGGCAGGAUUGGAAGAACUAACUCAGAUCCUUGAUCUUUUUUUUUUUUUUUUUUUUUUAAUACAUACACAAGAAACACAGACAAGGCGGCAUGGGACAACAACCUAGUAUUUGUACUUAUGUUGUUGCCUCAUGCCUGCCUUUCUAACUAAGAAUUAAGAAACUCACAAAACCAAUGGCUGUCAAGCUAAGCUGCCAUUUUAAUUUGUGUCUUUGUUAGUAUUUCUUUAGCUAGGUUACAAUGUAAUCUGAUCUGGUCUUUAAUUUUCCAGGCACCAAUGCCCGCAGCCCAAAGUUAUAAUCCAAUCAGAAAACCAUACUGAUUAUAUUACAAUAUAAUGCAAUUGAAUUUUCUGCAA